AUGGCGACGGCGCUAAGCGACAUUGUGUUUCGUCUUAAUCAGACUUCAAGCGAUAUGAUUGAAAGACGUUCUCUCUUACGUCUUACAGACGUUUCAAGUCUUGCUGAAUUGGCGCAUAGAGAGUACCAAGCUGGUGAUUAUGAACGUGCAGAACAACAUUGUAUGCAACUGUGGCACCAAGACCCUGAAAACACAUCGACUUUAUUACUACUUAGUUCUAUACAUUUCCAAUGUCGACGAAUGGAUCGAUCAGCUUACUUCAGUCAACUUGCAAUCAAACAAAAUCCUCUGAUGGCAGAAGCUUAUUCUAACCUCGGGAAUGUCUUCAAAGAACGAGGACAACUGAAGGAAGCAAUUGACAACUAUAGACACGCAUUGAGAAUCAAGCCAGAUUUUAUAGAUGGAUACAUUAACUUGGCUGCUGCACUAGUCGCAGCCGGAGACAUGGAGUCUGCAGUGAAUGCCUAUGCCACAGCAUUACAAUACAAUCCAGAAUUGUAUUGUGUGCGGAGUGACCUUGGAAACUUACUGAAGGCUCUUGGACGCUUGGAUGAGGCGAAACUAUGUGUGUGCAGUCUCUGGUUGGCCACUGUCCCGUCAAUCCUUCGGUUCGAACUGGUUCUGUGA